AUGCUGAAGAACGGAACCAGUGGUCUCGCACCGGCGACGAUGAAUGCCACGUCACCCAUCACUCAACCCGCCGGCUCUCAACCCCUCAAGUCUGAUUGGCUUGUCCUUCCGGUCGGAUCUCAGUCUCAGGCUGCAGAUGGGACGGUUCUGUUGGAGGCGAGCUCUAUAGCUCAUCCCCUGCUCACGCGCCCUACGGCCUUGAUGGCAUCACUUAAUUACAUCCUCGGACGUCCUGGCUCCGUCACCUCGCACCCGGAGUCACUGCUCGCCGUGCUCGAGCUACUUGCUGCCAGGUCGACUCACAUCUUCACCAACCCUGACGACAAGGUCCUCCUCUCCUCCACUGCCGGCUCACUCUUCCCAGCAUCUCGAAGCCUCCUCACCACCCACUCGUCCUUCUUUGCCAACCUCUUCGCUAUUCCUCCUCCCCUUGACGUCACGGGAGAGCCACAGCCCAUCUCUCUCCCCUCGGCCAACCCCACCAGCCUCGCCCUCGUCCUCGCAGUCCUCGCCAUUCUCGGCCCUACACUCAAGUCGGACGCCACUCAAAAGCUCCUGAGGUCGGCAUUGGGCGCUUACCAACACUACUUCACCGCCAAAGACCUCGUCGGGAUCGGAGAAGCUCUGCACUUUGCCCAUGUGUACGACAUCUCCUCCUUCGGACGAGAAUUCAUCUGGCCGGUCCUCGUCCGAUUGCCCGAUCUCACUCCGGUCAUCGGGUUCGUCCUGACUGCUGUCAUCUCCCCCCGAACCCCCUCUCGCCAGCUCCCGUACAUCAAGCGCCUCUUCGAUACGGGUGCGACCGAGGUGCCCGCGGAGCUCGCCGCCAUCCUUCGGCUUCACGCUCCAGAGCACAUCGGGCGGUACCAAGCGUACUACGCUUCCCGUGUGCGGGCUCGCAAGAACCUCCGUAUUGCUCUCCGGUCCGGACAAGCCCUCACCGACGGCGGCGGCAACCAGUUCUCCCUCCGCUGCCAGGGCCAGCACCGGACCCAGGAGCCGGGCUUUCGGAACCGGUACGGGAACCCGGCAGGGCGUCCAGGCUGUUGUAAGGCCUUCAAGUCCAAGCGCGGCAGUCUCGGAUGGAAGGAUCUGCGGGAGAAGGCUGCGGAUGAUGUGUACGCCAAGGUGGUUGGUGACACGAGGGAGUGGCGGCAUAGCGAGAUUGUCAAGGUGAUUGAGCGGACGGUGCCGUGCCAGACGUGCGCGCGGCGUUUGGCAUCGACCUUCAUCUUGGCGAUUGAGCGGUAUCUCGAGGUGUACAUCUUGUCCCUCAUCACCAAGCUCAAGGGGCUCGCCAUCGCUCCCAAGUCCAAAGAAUCGGCCGAUACGCCUCCCUCAGAGAGUCUGGGUGAAACGUCUGGAGCAGCGGUCCAGGGUCUCAAUACAGUGAGUUCUGGACCGGACCUCAACCCCCUAUCUCCCCUCCAAACCGCAAUCACCACCAAAUCCGAGCCUACACCCGCCCAGAAUCCCACAAUUCUCGCCAACAUCACGCCCAAACCCAUCCCUAUCCAUGGCACCACCAUCCUCGUACCAGUCGCCCAGCUCUCCCCAGCCACCAAUGCCGCCGGCGCCGCGGGACCCUCUCUUCCCCUCAUACCUUCCUUCCUCGCUCUUGCCUCAAGCUCCCCUACCAAGAUCGCCCCCGACGACGAGAUCACCCUCCUAUCCUCGGAUGGCAUAAUCCACCCCACCUCCCGCUCGCUCCUCUCCACCUACUCCCCCUUCUUCGAGGGCAUGUUCUCCACCUGCUCCCCUUCCCCUUCCUCAUCCGACAAGCCGCAACCCCUCUCCCUCCCCUCGACCCCAUCCGCGGCGCUCGCACUCGUCCUCGCCGUGCUCGUUGUCGUCCGGGACAAGGAAGCCGCCGGCGCCCUCGACAAGACCAUCCUCCACUCUGAAGUGAUCAAGCACCAAUCGGCGCUGUCGGUGGCCGAUCUCCGUACGAUCGCCGAGGCGGUCGCGCUCUGCCGGAUAUACGAUAUCCCCAAAUUCGAGACCGCCUUUCUCUGGCCCGUCCUCGACAAGGUCGACCAUCCUCCCCUCAUCGCCUACACCCUCGCCGCCAUUACUCGUCCCCGGACCGAGCGGCGCCACUCGCUCUGGGCGGGAACGGCUCUCCGCUCAGGCAUCACCCGUCUGCCCCCAGACAUCACCACCCUUGCUCCUCGAUUUCGCUCCCCAGCACCAUCACAUCUUCAUUACCCUCCUCCCCCGCUAUCUCAAAUCUAUGGGCCGAUCACGGAUGGCGGAGGGGCCAACUUCGUCCAUAACUGCGGUUAUGGGUCGUCGGGGUGGAGGUAUUCCAAGAACCCCACUGGCAGAUGGCCUACGGCGCUUUCAUGGGAUGACGCCCGAGGUUUAGUGGCGGAUGCGGUACAUGCGCAGAUCAUCCAGCCGGGAGAUACCACGGAGAGCAGGACGGAGAUCCUCGCGAUCGUAAAGAAGGUGGUCGGAUGUGGGCGGUGCGCGAGGCGGUUGACCCAUAUGUGCGAUGUGCCGGUGCAGCGAUUCCGGUCGGUACCGUACGAGUAUACGCUUCGCCCCAGGUUCUGGUUACUCCCAUCCUGCUACCCUGAUAGAUUGGCUUAG